CAUGUAGAUCCACAGUCAGUGUUUGUUUGAAUUAAACUUACGGAAAUAUGUGUUAAUUUAUGUGAUACAUAUUUCAGAGGUUAUUUUACUAUUCAAAUGGCAUACAUUGAACCGGGCAAGAUGCCACUCCACCAGGUGAAAGUGGAGCCGGUGGAUGACAGUGAUGAGGACUCUGAACCAGUGUGCGGAGGAAAUGAAAAUGAAGACGAUGAAGACAUGGCUGUUCCAGACCCCACAUCCAUGCUGUCCGUGCGGUUUGAGGAGGAGGAGCCCUCUAACUUGAAGAUCUCCAUUGAUCCUGCUCCAACUCCUCCAGUUCUGGACAAGGACCAUUACAAAGAUGAUGAACGACAACCUUUGAGCCAAACUUCAGGUGAUGGAUCCGUGCUGGUCACGUCGCAGUUGCAGAAUCUGGAGAUGCCAGUACCGGUGACAAGCACGGGACAGAAGCAUUGGAAUGAUGUCAACAGUGGACCUCUGAUGUGCAAAGUUGAAGAGGCUGAUCCGAGGUUUAGUAUACAUAUUCACUCUCAGAGGGAAGAUGCACAAGAUCUCACAGGGCUUUCACUCCAAAGAAAGGAUCUGCCUUUAAUGGAAAACUACGUAUUGGCCACUGCCCGAAGAUGCCCAAAUCGACACGAGGAGGAGAGAUUUAAGUGCAGUCUCUGCAAGCGAGUUUUCACGAAGCAGGAACACCUCGAUAUUCAUCUCUGCGUGGUAGGGAGGUUGCGGCCACGUAACUCUGUGUCGCAGUUGAACAGCACUGUGAAGGUAAUGGUGGAAAGGACAAUUGUGUGCGUCGUGUGUAUGACCACUUUUGCCAGCCAGCACGAGUUGGAUACCCACUUCGCAAAGGCACAUGGCAGCGUAGAUUUGGCUGCAGGUGCUGACGGGACAUCUCGGAAAACCGUGCAGCCGGAUGCUCAGGGAAUCUUCAUCUGCCAUUACUGUCAAAUGGCUUUCCCGAGCCGGAAAGAUCUGAAUGUGCACCGUACGCAGGAACACCAGAGUGCCAGGGCAAAGCACUCUUGCACAGACUGCGGACGUGCCUUCUUACGGCCAGUCGAGCUCUUCCGACACCAACGAACUGCGCAUUCUGACGGAGAAGAAGCUGCCUCCUGCAUGUUCAAGUGCCCGCAGUGCGGCAAGCAGCUGACGACACGUCCGGGCUUCGAACGCCACGUCGCCACACACGAUGCCAAUGCACUCAAGCACGAGUGUGCUGACUGCGGGCGCCGUUUCUACGACCGGGCCAGGCUGAACGUCCACCGAAGGAUACACACGGGAGAGCGGCCCUACGAGUGCCGCAUAUGUGGUCACCGCUUCCGGCAGCAGCCGUGUCUCAUCCGCCAUCUGCGAACACACGCCGUCGACACUGGCAGUGUACCGCUGUCGGUAGCCCGUCCGCACUCGUGCCCCGAGUGCGGGAAGGGAUUCUCGAACACAUCACACAUGGCAAUACACAUGAGGACGCACACGGGAGAGAAGCCUUACGAGUGUGCUUACUGUGGGCGUAGGUUCUCAGACAAGGCCCACCUGUUAAGACAUAUGGCCUCACUCCACCCAGAUCCGGAUGCUCCGCAUCGGUGUGCCGACUGUGGGAAGGUAUUUGCGGACAAAGCGAGACUGGAAGAUCACGAACGAGUCCACAGGGGUGAACGGCCCUUUGAGUGCCUGGUGUGCCACAGAAAUUUUACAUCGAUAGCCUACCUGAGAGUGCAUGCUGAAUGUCAUCGGGAGAAAGCAGCUUGUCCAUAUUGUCACAAAGCAUACGCUCGUAAGUACAGGUUGACGGUGCAUAUCAGGAAGGCACAUCCCGGCGAAAGUGAUAGUACAGUUGUCCCGUAUACUAGCACAGUAGAUGCUGUGGACCUGCCACCUGCAGCAGCUGAAACACAGACACAGAAACCAGCUCUAUAUCUGUGUGACAAAUGUCCAAACGCAUUUAAAACUGAAACAGAGUUCAUCGCACAUGUGGAGUCUCACAAGGUUCGAAAAGCUCAUCCGUGUGAUAAGUGUGAGAAGUCUUUUAACCGGAAGUCGGAACUCAAUGUGCACUCUCGAACGCACUGCGAAGUGAAGCCGUUCGCCUGCGACUUGUGUGAGAAGACAUUUGCACAGAAGAACAACCUGCGGCGUCACCUGCGAACACACUCUGGCGAGAAGCCCUUCCCGUGUUCUCUGUGCAGCCGAACUUUCGCUCAGAAGGAGUUACUCACGGCCCACAUCCGAAUCCACACAGGGGAGAGGCCAUACUCGUGCCUGGUGUGCGGCCAGGCAUUCAACCAGCGGCACACCUUGACCCGCCACGUCAGGGAGCACGCCAACAGGGUCACGAGGAAAGCAUUCUCUUGUUCGCUGUGCGGCAAAACAUUCCCCAGACAGGUUAACCUGCACAUCCACAUGCGGACACAUACCGGUGAGAGGCCAUUUGAAUGUGAUUUGUGCAGCAAACGGUUUUCACAGUCGGGACACCUGGCACGGCACAAGUUGACACACACUGGCAAAACGCCCUACCCCUGUACAAUUUGUGGGAAAGGUUUCUCACAGAAGAAGCGCCUUGUCGACCACGCUCGCACGCACACGGGUGAGCGACCUUUCGGGUGCCCCUACUGUCCGAAAAAUUUCACUCAUGCCGAGUACUUGAAGUCACACCUCCACACGCACCGUGAAGAGAAAUAUGUGUGCCCUGUAUGCAGAGAAAUGUUUUCGCGCAAGUACAGGCUGAGGGAGCAUAUGCGCAUUCAUUCGAGUGAAUGGCCAUUACAGUGUGCACACUGUAAAGCGUGCUUUGUCUCGAAGGAAGAUAUUGCCGAUCAUAUACACUCUCGACACCUUUCAGAUAUAAUGGGUGACGGUUACUUUCCAGUAGAGAAGAGCCACACGAGUUCUGACGAACCCGAGUCACAACCUUACUGUAAGACUGAAAAUGAAGACACUAGUGGCAGACGGACAGGGACACUGACUGCUGGCUUUGCUUUACCGUGUGAUGAGGAAAACGUGCAAGAGUCAGACUUUAAACUGGAAAUCACUGAUGAGGUGAUACAAAAACACGAUUCCCCCGAACAUACCGGUGCUAUCUCUGACAGAGUGAUCAUCUUCAUCAAAGAAGAACGCAUCUCGGACGAGGAGGAUUUGACAUGUUAAGCAGAUA